GCGACACAAACUGACAUACAACGAGUUAUGUGAAUCAAGUAGCUAUAAGAAAUUAAAAUGGCAGUGCUACAUUUACUGAUGGUUCUCCUUAUUGGGAGCACAUUAUCACUAAGCAAAGAAAUCGAACAGAAGGCAAAAGUGUCAGAGAUUUUAGAAAACGGCAUCAAGGAUGAACCGUCUGGUAAACAUGUCAAGAGAGGAAUCUACUCGACCGGCAUUUCAGGCUAUUCCCAUGGACUCGGGUACAGCGGUGGUAUAGGAUACUCAGGAGGCGCGAUCGGUCUCGGUUCUGGAGUCGGUAUCGCGGCUGGACCAGCGGUUUCAUACUCCAGUAUCGGAGGAGCAGGCAUCAGUGGAGCUAGCGUUGGAGGAGCUGGUAUCGGCGGUGGCGCUAUAAUUAGUGGGGGAGGCCUUGGAGGAGGUAUAUCUGGAGGAUCACUCAUCUCUGGAGGCUCAAUCGUUUCUGGAGGAGGUUUAAUUGGAGGUGGAGCUAUAGCGGCCGGUCCCGCAGUUGCCGUGGCUGCCGCACCUGCUGUUGCUGUAGCAGCUGGCCCUGCCGCUGUUCAGACAUCAGUCUCAGUUCAACCUAACCCAGUCAUUCUCAGACAAGAAGUCCCACGUUAUAUCACGAGAACGAUAACAAGAGACGUUCAAGUACCAGUUCAAGUACCGGUCCACGUCCCUGUCGAUAGACCAGUCCCUGUACCCUACAAGGUCAAUGUACCAUAUCCAGUAGAUAGACCAUAUCCAGUCAUCCAUAAAGUUCCCGUUGAAGUUACCCGACAAGUGCCUGUAUAUUAUGAAAGGAAGGUUCCAGUACAAGUGAAAGUACCUGUACCAGUUCAAGUGCCUUACCCAGUCACUGUGGACAGACCAGUCCCAGUAGACCGUCCAGUGUACGUCGACCGUCAAGUACCAGUUCCUCAACCCGUGUACGUCGACCGUCAAGUGAAUGUUCCAGUGCCCGUGCAAGUAGACCGACCAGUCCCUAUCCCCCAGCCCGUGGUAGUCGAUAGACCAGUCGCCGUGCCUCAACCUGUAGUCGUUGACAGACACGUACCCGUUCCAGUACCAGCCGCACCAGCUAUCGCGACAUCUGUAUCAGUCCCUGCUAGCUCAAUCUCAUACGGUACCGGAAUUGGAGGAGGUGUCAUCGGUACCGGAAUUGGCGGAGGUGUUAUUGGGUCCGGAAUUGGAGGAGGAGUCAUCAGUACCGGAAUCGGAGGAGGUGUUAUUGGUUCCGGGAUUGGAGGAGGAGUCAUCAGUACCGGAAUCGGAGGAGGUGUUAUUGGUUCCGGGAUUGGAGGAGGAGUCAUCGGUACCGGAAUUGGAGGAGGUAUUGGUCUGUCCGGAGGUGUUUAUGGCUCAGGCUUGAGUGGUGUAUCGUACGGCAGUGGUGUGGGUGUAACUAGUAUUGGCGGAUCAUAUGGUGGCCUCUACGGCGCCUCUCACGGCUUAUACAAAACUUACGGCCUCGGAGGAGGUAUCAGCCACACUGUACACUCCAUUCAUUAGAUUGUUUAACUCCCAUAUUGUUUGACUUACA